UCUGCAAGGCAGCUGUUCCCUGGUAUCCAGGGUGGGGUUUGCCUAGUGCAGAAGAUCACAACGCUUGGGAUACUGAAAGCACAAACUUUCUCCCAAGCUAAUUGUUCCAGGGUAAGAGUUUGGGGAUUGUUUUAUUCGCUUGUGCCACUCCAACGCUAGAACAACGAUGGCAGAAGAGCAAUCUGGACUCGAGGAGAGGAUAAUAAUAAAAGACCAGCACACAAAGGAAAUCGACCUGGUGAACCGAGACCCAAAGCACAUUAAUGAAGACGUUGUGAAGGUGGAUUUUGAAGAUGUGAUAGCUGAGCCAGUAGGGACAUACAGCUUUGAUGGAGUCUGGAAAACCAGCUACACCACCUUCACCGUCAGCAAGUACUGGUGCUACCGGCUGCUUUCUGCCAUCUUGGGAAUCCCUCUCGCAGUCAUCUGGGGCUUCCUCUUUGCAUUAAUCUCCUUCUGCCACAUCUGGGCAGUGGUGCCCUGCAUCAAAAGUUACGUGAUAGAAAUCCAGUGCAUCAGCAGGAUUUACUCCCUCUGCAUCCACACCUUCUGUGACCCAUUGUUUGAGGCUCUAGCGAAGAUCUGCGGUGGCAUAAGAGUUGCUCUCCGCAAGGAAGUCUAAAUCAUUUGUUUGAGAAAAGGAACAGAAACAAUCGUUACUCAACAGCUCAACACAUUGCUAAUUUUCCAAAGAUUGCACCAUAUUCUGCUCUCAGUUACACUGGGAUCAAGAUGGAGUAGCUCCAGUGGGUUGCAUUUGUAAUGCAGUUACUCCAAGUUCACGCUAGUGUGAAUGAGAACAGGAUUUCCUCUGAAAUUAUGUCUUGGACCAGAACCUAUGAUUAUUAUAUGCAUUUAUUCAGUGAAAAAGAAUGGUGUGAGGUUGUUCAAAGUAUAUGUGGGUACAAUGCAAGAAAAUGUCUGCUUAAUUGUCUUCUAGAUCAAGUGUAAAACUAGGAAACACCCCUGGGUUAUAUUUAUCAUAAAUGCAAGCAGUGUCUGUUGUAGAAGAUUUAUGUACUACUUGACAAUAUGCAGUAAAUAUGUACAGAUUGAAGAACAAACUUUGCUUCCAUGUAUGCUUCCAUCUAAACAAAGCUUUUACAUCUGGAUUAGUGGUUCAUUUUUAAAUGCUUAGCAAGGCUUUUGGGUGUGCAGUUGAAGUCUAUGUUAUACGAGGGUUGCAAGUGCUAUCGUCUGAUGAUUGCAAAAUUAAUUUCAAACUACCUGAUCAUGCAUACAAAAAAGGCAGCUAAGUAUCCAUUCAUUAAUGUGUGUGGCCAAAAUUCAACUGGAAGCACAAAAAAUGUAAGUACUU